GAAGGCCUGUGCCGCUUGGUGGGCCUGGAGGACCUCGUCCCGCAGCCCACCGACCCGUCGGCCUCGUCGUCCUUGGCGCCUGCUCUUGCGGGUCCGUUGACGGUCGUAGCGCAGCGCUCUGAGGUGACUGCCGAGCCGGCGGCGGGCUGCACGCGACUCGAGAAGCUGGUGCUCCGGGGAUGUUACCUUCUCACGACAGCCGGUCUGCUCCGGGCCAUCCCAGUGCUGCUCAACCUCACCAGCCUCGACAUCGGCGCCAACCGGAACGUGGAUGACCACACACUGAAGGGCCUGGUGCCCUUCCUGCCCAACCUCACCUCGCUCUCCCUGGCGACCGCCGCCUCGGCCACAGCCUCACCACGCUCGACCUCGAGUGCAUGCCCGGACUCACCAGAGGUGCUGUCCAGGUAG